AUGGCAGAUGGGGCGCAGGCCAACCCCAAAGGGUUCAGGAGGAAGGUGCUGGUUAGACGUUCCUCUAGGUGGAGGGGCCCAAGUCUCAGGGCCACUUCUCCUUUGAGGACCUCCAGAUCUAGCCUGGCUACGAAAACGUUCUUCACCGUCGCCAUCCUGGCCGGCAGCAUCUUGCCUGUGGCCUACAGCAGCCUGUUCAACCUGAAGUCCAUGGUGGAAACCAUCACGGGGAAAAGUGCCAUCCUGUCCUUCGUGGGCUACGGCUGCUACUGUGGGCUGGGAGGGCGCGGCCUGCCCAUGGAUGAAGUGGACUGGUGCUGCCAUGCCCAUGACUGCUGCUACCAGAAGCUCUUUGACCAGGGCUGUCACACCUACGUGGACAACUAUGAAUACACCAUCGAGAAUAAUGCUACAAUUGUUUGCAGAGAUCUCAACGAGACGGAUUGUGACAGGCAGACCUGCGAGUGUGACAAGAGUGUGGUCCUGUGCUUACAGAACCAGACCUACAACGAGGAGCACCGCAACUACCUCAACGUCUACUGCCAGGGCACCACCCCCAACUGCAGCAUCUACGAGCAGCCUCGGAAGGAGGCCUGCAGGCCUGUCUCCCAGGCGCCCCCUACACCUCCCUAG